AUGAACACGGAUUCUGAAUUGCAGGACAAAUAUAAUGCUGCAGCCAAGAUUUGCCAAGCCGCUGAACAAGCUGAGGCAGAUGCUAAGAAGGAAGUGGAUGAGAAAAGGGCUUUAGCAAAAAAAACACAGAAGGGCACCAAAGAGUAUUAUCUCGCUUGGACAGAAAUAUACAAGGCAGAAAUGGUUUUUAUUGAAAAGAUUGAACAAAGAUAUGCUGCUGAGUAUAAGAGAGAUUUGUGCUACACACAAUGGAUGAAACACAAGCACGGAGCUGACUCCAAGGAAGUGCAAAUAGCCCAGCAUCGAGCAGAGUUGUCUCACACAAUGGAAUUUGUUGAUUGUCUUUAUCGCUCUCCAUAUUGGACGAAAUGGUACAAGUUGUGUAGCAAAGCCGAGUGGGUGUAUUAUCAGCUUAAGGCAGAAGGUUAUGGAAACGUUGCAGAGGAGUUUGAAAGGGCAAGAGAAGCGUUUUGUAAUCGUAUAAAAACCAAUAGUGAGGCCUUUCGCGAUGCUCGGAAUGCGGCCGUGGGAGCGUUGAAUAAAUGGGAAAGAUGGAAUGAUCGUGUCGCCUGGGAUAAGGCCAAACCAGAGUACGACUCCGCACUAGCCAAGUGGAAUGAGUUCAUACCCAAAGGCGAUCAAUAUGCGGUAAACUUGGAGAAAAAUAUUAACUCGUGCAUCAAGAGUUUUGCGCCGAUAUCGGAAUUAUUGUGUGAUCACAUUGGUAAAAGUGUUGCUGAGUUGCAGGAAGAAGCCAAACAAGAUCCACACUCUGCUAAAGAUUUAGAAUUGCUAAAGAACUAUGAUGACACUGUCAAGUGUUGUAAAUCCACCGAACAGGCUGAAGCGGCUGCUAAAAAGGAAAAGUAUGAGAAACGGGCUUUUGCAGAAAGAACACAGAGGGGCACUAAAGAGUAUUAUCUCGCUUGGAGAGAAAAACACAAGGCAGAGAUAGUUGUUACUGAAAGUGUUGAACAACGGUAUACUGCUGCGUAUACGAUACAUUCGUUGUAUGCAGACUGCAUGAAAUACAUGUACGGAGAUGACUCCAAGGAAGCACAAAUAGCCCAGCAUCGUGCAGAGUUGUCUCGCACAAUGGAAUAUGUUUACAGUGAUAGCUCUCCAUAUUGGACAAAAUGGUACAAGUUGUGUAGCAUAGCCCUGUGUAUGUAUUAUCAGCUGAAGGCAGAAGGUUAUGACAACGUUGCAGAUAAGCUCUAUAGGACAAGGGAGAUGUUUUUUAAUCGUAUAGAAGAAGAGUCCAAUGGUGAAGCCCUUUGCAAAGCCCUGAAUGCGUCCCUCACAGAGCUGGGUUUGUGGCAAGCAGAGAAUGAUUGUACCGAUUGGGAUGAGGUCAAAUCAAAGUACGAUGCCGAACUGAAAAAGUGGAAAGAGUUUCAACCCAAGGGGGAGGAGUAUGCACUUAUUCUGGAGAGUAGAAUAAAGAGAUUAUCUACGUUUGCUGAAGCCGAAUUAAAAGCAAAAUAUAAUGAUGUAGUCAAGCGCUGGGAGGCUGCCAAACAUGAUGUGGUAAUUGCUGAGAUGAAAGAAGAUGAGAAAUGGGAUGUGACGCUGCACAAGCGGUGGCUUAGCAAGGAAUGGAGGCUUGCUCAGGCGGAAUAUGACAAGGUACAUAUUGAUUUGAUUGGAAAG